AACUUAAUAAGUUUACAAAAUAUUUCAGCAAGCAAAGGCCCGAAAGAAGAAUCGAGUGUAAUAAGGAUGUUGAAAAAUGACGUUCAGGGUCUGUGCAAGCCUUUGGGUUUAAAUACACCACAGGACUGUACUGAAUUGAAGAAGGUACAUAAGAAGAGCGGUGUCUACACUAUAUACCCAGACAAUUCUACAGCUAUGACAGUCUACUGUAACAUGAAUGACUACGGUGGAGGUUGGACGGUAUUGCAAAGACGACAGGAUAUUACAAAUUUUUACAGAACAUGGACAGAGUACAGAAAAGGAUUUGGGAAUGUCGAAAAGAGUUUUUGGCUAGGGAACGAUAAUAUACAUAUUUUGACUUCAAGUGGAAAGUAUGAGUUAAGGAUAGACUUAGGUGACUGGACGGGGAACAAAUGGUAUGCCAUCUACAAGACAUUCCUAGUUGGAAACGAAGCAAACAAGUAUAUUUUGAAGGUUGGAGGAUACAGUGGGAAUGCAAAAGAUGGUUUGACGUAUCAUAACGGAAUGAAGUUUUCAACGAAAGAUCAUGACAAUGAUAAGUCUUCCAGUAACUGUGCAGAGAAAGCUAAAGGAGGAUGGUGGUAUAACAAUUGUCAUCAUUCAAAUCUAAAUGGUAUCUACAAGACGCAACAAACAAGUCACUGGGAUGGUGUCAGUUGGAAUUUGAUAAAGGGUAGCAGCUAUUCUAUGAAGUAUGCCCGCAUGAUGAUAAGACGGUUUUAAAAUAUUUUAGUUUUGCCAAAGAUAUGGAAUCUCAUAUAGCAUGAUUGACACAUUUUGAAUUCGGAAUCAGUCAAAUUACUUUUAACAUUUGCAGAAUAUUUAAGAUGAGAAAUCAUUGUUAGACAUUUCUUAUCUGACUUUGUUAUGUUUAAAAGUUAUUUCUUAAAAAUUAAAAUAUAUCACAAUA